AUGGAAGACGAUGAUAACAUUGAGGCUUCAAAUGAGUUUUGCAGUAGCUCACAGCCUUACAUUAGUUGGGUUCCAUCACCACCGUCGAAAAAGAUUAAAAAGUACAUUUAUCAAUUACCACCGCUAGUACGCAAUCACGCCUUGCAUGUUUCUGAAUCGGUGACCCCUAUGGAGAUUUUGAAGCAUCAGGAUCCAAAGGAUCUUUUUAGUGAUGAUUAUGAUGUUAAUGUUAAUCUUGGUGAGAAUCAGACUCACAAUGAUAAUCAGCAUGAGAAUGAGAAUGAAGACUAUUUCGAUAAUUUAAUACUAUCUUCGGAGAGUCUAUUUUUCAAUAGUGAGCUCCAGGAAUUCGUUGAAGAUGGUUCUAAAUAUAUCACUGAAGAUGACAAUGAACUCUUUUUUGCAUGUGCAACUCAAAUCGAAACGAUAAGCAGUUUAGAAGAAGCCAUUGGCAAGUUUACUGCCAUACAGAUAAGUAUAAAGGAGAUUUUUGCACACGAUUCGGGCCUCAUUGUUUCUGUCCUUUCGAUAAAAGAAUAUUCUUUCAAGUCUUUGUGUUUGCAGAAGAAAAAAUGGGUUGUAGACCAAUUUAUUUCGGUGGGCGAAUCUUUUAAUUUGGCUCUUGUUUCCUCAACCUACCCUAUUAAGUUUGAGAGUGUUAUAAAGGAACUGCUCGUUUUUAAUAGGAAUUCACAUGAGGAAAUGAUUACCAUCAAAACAGGCCUUAUUUCGCGCGAUAUUCACAUGGUUCCCAUUUUCGCACCUCAUAUCUUAAUUACUGGAUCAAGUAUAGCGGACUCUUUUUUUUGCGAAAGAAGAACUGCAAUAUCUCUUUCAUAUCCAUUAUGCGACCCAGAAGGAGAGCUUCCAGAAUCAACCGAAAAGAUGCAAAUAGGAAAUUUGUUGCAUUUUCUUUUGGAAAAAUGCUUAAUCAAUGCUGAUUUCCAGGCUGCAACAAUUUUGAGCUUUAUAGAAGACUUUCCCAAAAAGCAUGCCAUCAAUGCUUCGCUAAUGUUUCCCCUGAAUGAUGGUUCCACUCAAAAUCAGCUUGUGUCAAUUUUGCAACAGUGGGCUUCUGCGUAUUUUCCCUCAGCAAGGGGCAUACCUACCUCUUUUGGUGAUAGCAACAGUGUCCAAAUUGCCAAGGUCAUUGCUGUUGAAUUCCCAAUCUUCUCGAUUUCUUUAGGAAUUCAAGGGAAAUUGGAUGCUCUUGUUUUGACAACGAAUGGGAAAAUAGCAGCUUUAGAGAUAAAAUCCGGGGCUCCUUCGCAACAAAACUCUAGUCAUCAGGCACAGCUUUUGCUUUACCAUUCUUUGAUCUGUUAUUUGUCUUUCUUAAUGAGAUCUGACAAGGACAUAAUUCAGUCCUCAUUACUAUCCUACAUUUCGUUCGAUUUUAGGCAAAAAAUACCCGAAAAUUCCCAUUCCCUUGAAGAAGUUGGCUCAUGUUCUCGGCAUCUAGUUUCCCUUCUUUUUAGGAGAAAUGAAAUUGCAUUUGGAAUAUUAGGAGGAGGCCAUUAUUCAAAAUUGCCUUUUCCUUUUUUACAACAUUCUUCUUCCUGGAAAUGCAAUAUAUGUCCCGUCAAACGAACAUGCAACCGAUUGAGUAACCUGCAAAACAAUGGGGCUCCACUUGCUACCAAAGAUUUUUUCAAUUCUUGGCAUCAAGUGUUAACAACGGAACAACAGCAACUCUAUCAAUCGACUUAUGAUAUUAUUUCCACUUUUCCUGACCAUUCAGACUGGCUUGGCAUCAAAGCCUUGUCUUUUCUCUCUUUUGCCCCAUCCACGCUCCUUUUAGUUUUGACUUUGUGUUCUGGAAAAAUCUGUAAAGAGACUCCACCGAUUAGAUUGGGAGACCCUUCUAUUCUGAUGCUUGACUUGGCUUAUUAUUUUCCCAAUUUAACGUUUCCAGUUUUUGGCUGUUUUGUAUUGUUCAAAUUGAGCUCAAGUGGCGGAAAAGUCAAAAUCGGUAUCAAAUUGCCAUUUGAUCCCUUUUCGGUGUUCAUCGAAUUUCUUAAAACCACCUCUAAACAGGUCGAAAGAUUUGAUUUUUCUGAACUUAAAUAUUAUAUUUGUCGCAAUGAAAAGGGCAGUGUUGGCUGGAGAUCACAACCCUCAUUUCUUUUAGAUGCUAUUGAUUGUGAUGCUGCAUAUAAACCUAUUUUUGAGAAUCCAAUUAUUAAGCCCAAGUCUUCUUGUGCGGAACCUUUUGAUUUGUCGCUGUUCAAAUGUCCUAGUUUGAAUAGUACAUCAAAUAAAAAUCAAUAUUCGGUUCUUGAAAAAUAUCUUCAUCCGAACCAAAGUUUGGCCGUUUCCUGUUGGUUAGAUUCCAUCAAAAAAAAUUUUGACCACACACAAAAACCUUUUCAAGAGAUUUCCCAAAGAAUACAUCUAGUUCUUGGAAUGCCAGGGUGCGGAAAGACUCGCUCUCUGGUCCUAUUUAUAUAUCAAUUUUUAAUGACUUUUCCGGCCCAUAGUAACCUGUUAAUUACCACGUUUACACAUGCUGCCAUUGAUGCCAUUAUAGAAAAAAUCAAUGAUUUAUUUCCCAAUAUUUCCGCCCUCAUACAUAGACAUUCUAAUUCAAAAGCGGAUCAUGGAUCUUUGAGUUCGUUAAAGCCGGAGGCUUUAGAAAAUGCAGGCUUAUUUGACAUCCCUUGCAAUCAAUUGCCAUCAGAGCCUAGCCCAGCUUGCCGCAUAGUUUUUUCAACCGUUUUGGGCUUGGCUUCAUUUGCGCAUUCAAAGGUCAAAUUUUCUGCUGUUGUUGUCGAUGAAUCAUCGCAAAUCCUUCUUCCAUUGUCCAUUUUCCCAUUGCGGUAUGCGCCUCUCGCUAUUCUUAUUGGUGAUCACUGUCAGUUGAGACCCCUAUUGAGCCUGAAUUCUGGCCAAAAUAGCAACAAUACGUUCCCAUCGUUUUUUGAGGCUGUACUUGAGCUUCCACAACAUGUACUUCAUGGAAGCGACGACGUGAAACUUUCCGUGCUAAAAUCGCAAUUUAGGAUGAACUCCCACCUUUCUUCCAUUUGCAACAGCCUAUUUUAUUCCGAUCUUAUGGAGACACAAGUAAGCCAUACGUUUUUGGAUGUUUUAAAUUGGUCAACAAACGGUACAAGCGCCUGUAUGGGCGUUCCGUGGAAGCAAUCUUUUUCUGCUUUUCAUCCAAAUACUCUAGAGCGAUCUUUAGUUGGCAUCGAUAUUGGCAAGUCAAAAAAUACGUCAGCUGAGCUCAUCAUUUUAAAGAGCCUAUUGAUGGUUUAUAGUUUUGGUUUGGACCCCGAAAAUGACCAACAUCAGGUAGCCGUUUUGUCACCAUAUCAUGCUGUUUUGGAUAACCUUAGGGAUUCGUUCUAUGCCUUCUGUGAUGAAUUUAAGUCUCAAAACUACCCUAGCUUGAAAAUAAACGCUCUAUUUUCAACAAUCGAUAGCAUGCAAGGCAAAGAGUCGGCUCUUGUAAUCUUGUUUUUGGGAAGGGAUUCCACCAAGUCUCUAAUGAGCGAUCCUCGCCGUCUUAAUGUAGCUUUAUCGAGGGCAUCAAAAAAAUUGGUCAUAGUGGGGUCUUUUGAAGAAACCCUAAGGUUAUAA